CGGCCGCGGCGAUCGGCGGCGGCGGCGGCAGGAGGAGGAGGAGGAUGACGGCGAACGGGACGGCGGAACCGGUGCAGAUCCAGUUCGGGCUGAUCAACUGCAGCAACAAGUACCUGACGGCGGAGGCGUUCGGCUUCAAGGUGAAUGCCUCGGCCGCCAGCAUGAAGAAGAAGCAGAUCUGGACGCUGGAGCAAGACGGGGAGGACUCCAGCGCCGUGCUGCUCAAAAGCCACCUGGGCCGCUACCUGGCAGCCGACAAGGACGGCCGGGUGAGCUGCGACAGCGAGGAGCCGGGUCCCGACUGUCGCUUCUUGGUGGUGGCUCACGGCGACGGGCGCUGGUCGCUGCAGUCCGAGCCCCAUCGCCGCUUCUUCGGGGGCACCGAGGACCGGCUCUCCUGCUUCGCCCCCGCCGUCUCGGCUACCGAGAAAUGGAGCGUCCACCUGGCCAUGCAUCCCCAGGCCAACCUCUACAGCCUGGCCCGCAAGCGCUACGCCCACCUGGGGCCUCGCCGCGACGAGCUGGCCGUGGACCGCGACGUGCCGUGGGGCGUCGAUGCCCUCAUCACCCUCCUCUUCGUGGAGCAGCGGUACAGCCUGCAGAGCUGCGACCACCGCCUGCUCCGCGGCGACGGCCGCCUGGUCCCCGCCGCCGAGCCCGGCACCGCCUUCACCCUCGAGUUUCGCUGCGGGAAGGUGGCCUUCCGCGACGGGGAGGGUCGCUACCUCGCCCCCUCGGGACCCAGCGGCACCCUCAAGGUGGGCAAGAGUACCAAGGUGGGCAAAGAUGAGCUCUUCGCCCUUGAGCAGAGCUGCCCGCAGGUCGUGCUCCGAGCUGGCAACGACAGGAAUGUCUCCACCCGGCAAGGGAUGGACCUCUCAGCCAACCAAGAUGAGGAGGGCGACCAGGAGACCUACCAGCUGGAGAUCAACAAGGACACCAAGAAAUGCGCCUUCAGGACCUACACUGGGAAGUACUGGACCCUCACCUCCAAUGGGGGCAUCCAGUCCACCGCCUCCACAAAGAAUGCGAGCUGCUAUUUCGACAUCGAGUGGUGCGACAAGCGCAUCACCCUGAAGGCUGCCAAUGGCAAGUACGUGACAGCAAAGAAGAAUGGGCAGCUGGCAGCCUCCAUGGAGACAGCAGGCGAGACGGAGCAUUUUGUGAUGAAGCUGAUCAACAGGCCCAUCAUCGUCCUCCGCGGCGAGCACGGCUUCAUCGGCUGCCGGAAGGUGACCGGCACCCUGGACUCCAACCGCUCCUCCUACGAUGUCUUCCAGCUGGAGUUCAACGACGGGGCCUACAACAUCAAGGAUGCCACCGGGAAGUACUGGAUGGUGGGGAGCGAGUCGUCCGUCACCAGCAGCAGCGACGCCCCCGUGGACUUCUUUUUUGAGUUCUGCGACUAUAACAAAGUGGCCAUCAAAAUCAAUGGCAAAUACCUGAAGGGCGACCACGCCGGGGUCCUCAAGGCAUCUGCCGACACCAUUGAUGCCUCCACCCUCUGGGAAUAUUAAUGCACUUUAGCGUUCCUCCCAUUGCCAACUGCUCUUUCCCCUCCUCCCUCCUUUUAAUCUCUUUCGGGUUUCGUUUCUCCUCUCUGUAAAAAGGAUUUUCAGACCCACUUGCCCUUCCUUCCUGCCGUAGAGUUGGUGCGUUGCGUGGGAGGUGGGUCUCCAUAAAUCUCUGUAAGAACUGGAAAAGUGAUGGGGCAGCCUCCCUAUAGCUCUGUAGAGGGUCUGUCUCUGUCUCCCCCCCUGCCUCCCUUCAGGUUUGCUGGGCUUGGAAACUGCCGUGCCCCCUGCUCCUGGCCCCCAGCAUCACCUUAGGUAGUUUGUUUUCCCCUCCUCGACUGAAAAAAGGGAAGAAGAUCACCUCUGUGCUCGCUCUGCCAUAUCAGCCCUGGUGCCACCUCUCUCUGUUCUGCCAGUGUCUCCCAGAGCACCCGUCCUGUCCCAUCCUGCCCUGCUCCAGCCAGGAGCAGAGCGAGGGUGCUGGGCUCCACCAGCUCCUCCCAGCUGCCCCUGGCAGUUUCUCUCCACUCCUGGCUUUCAGGGCAGGAUUCAUCCCCAGCUGAGCCAUAAGAGGUGACCUUACAUAUCACAGCAUCCCUGGGGACGGGGCUGGUGUGCACCAGCUUGUGUCCCCACGGAAGGGCCAGCAAGCCAACCCCUUCCCCAUGCAGCUGGAAAUUAUUUUUUAGGGUGAUCCCAUCUGGAAAACCUCAGCCUUUCAUCUCAUAGAGCCCCGUGCUCCUUGUGUCCUUAUGCCCCUCCUUGUGCUUCUGGCUCUGGAGGAGCAUCGUGGAGCCCAGCUUGUGCCAGGGCUGAUCCUGUGGCUGUGCCUGGGAGAGGAUGCAGGGUUGGGGGGCACAGAACAAGCUCGUGCUGGGCAGGGGGCUUCAUCCAGCCCAUCUCCAGCACUGGUGGGCUUUGGUCCCUACAGGAGCCCGGCUGGCCAGUGCAACCCUCCUGGGUGGUGGCUGGAAGCAUGAACUGCAGAUUUUGGUUUACAGAAUAGAAAAGUUCUUUAGCAAACUUUGCACAGUGAUAUUUGCUCAGUACCUUUUUUUUUUUCCUCUCUCUCUCUCUCUCUUAAAAUACUGGAACAGUGACAUGGAUCCCUGAGCACCUCAUGCUGGAUUAGGAUGUGCCCAUUCCCAUGGGAUCCCCUGAGCAGGGCAGCUCCUGGUCUUGCACCUGGCCUUGGCUCUCCUGCCAUUGCAACCCUACUGGGGGGAAAAAAAAAAAAAGGAAAAAAAGAAGACCAAAACAGUAUUUUUGUUAGUCUCUAUUUAUAUAUGCUCUCCAUGGCACUGUGGUACCAGCUGUUGUCUGUACUAGGUCUGCAUUAGAGUCUAACGCUGUUUGUGACGGGUGAUGCUGAGGUGUUUGUUAGGGUGUUGAAGGGCACUUGAUCCUUUGGGGCCUUCCCGGGGCUGCUGUUUUGCUCCCUCCAAACACCCCAAGGAGCCUUUUCCCCGCCCCCCAGGGAGGCAGCACGGGUCCCCCCCAGCCUGCCCCACACCAAGGGUGCUCACGGCAUCGCUGCCGUGCCAAAACAGGGCCAGUCCCUACUGCUGGAGGUGAGGUAGGGGCUCCUCAGCCUUAAAGCCACGUGGGGGAACAACCUUCCCUCCAUAGGAGCUUGGUGCUAAACUCUCAGCUGGGAGAGCAAGUGACCUGUCCCCUGCCAAGGGGACAACUCCGGGCUGGGGUCCCUUGCCAGCACAGGGAACCCCAGCUGGGCUCUACCUCGGCUCUGUGCUCACAUCGGGGGCUGCCCGCGCCGCCCGGGGACCAUCACGGCCCCUGAAGGACCGAGUGUCUUGAUGAAGCCCUGAGUGACCCUGUGACUUGGCACACACUUCUUGCUGGCCUUCACCCCACCCCCCCACCCCCGUGUCACCUCCUCCCUGUCCCUCCCAUCGCGGUUCAAACCAUUUAACUCCCGCUCCGGCUUCUUCCAUCUGACACUAGGUCAACAUCUCUCCUGUCUCCUCCUCCUCGGGUGUCGUGACUCGCUGAAAACAUCUCACUCUGAAAAUUUUAAGUUUUGGGUUUGUUCGGGUUUGUUUGUUGUUUUUUUUGUCCGUUUUGGUUUUUUUUUUAAUUAUUAUUUGUUGUAAGUGCCAUUUGUAUAACUUAAAAAGAAAAUAGCUUCAAAUGGAGAAAGAUGAAUUAAAAAACAUAAAUAAAACCCACAUUCGGAUACAAGCA